UGAAGUCGAGGAGAAAGACAUCGCUUCCCUAGAGAACGACUUGCAGCGCUGGUCAACGUGCAGCUCGUUCAUACACAGCAUCAUGACUUCCGAUGCUAUUCUGGACAAACGCAGAAUGAACAAGAUGACUGGGUGAAGGUGGAGAACAUUGUCGCGGAAGACGCGGAAACAAGUGGAGUUCGAUGCCGUUGACACCAUAUAUCGCCUUGCGGAACAGCAUGGAGAACCACUUUUACCGCAACUCAGGGGUUUCUGUAUGCCAGACUACUAUCCUUCUUUCUGUUUGUUGGUAACGGCUUUACGGACCCCGACCCUCAAGAUACUUUCGGUAGUAAUGCGAGACGACCCUCCGAAUCCGGGAAUCGAAAGCUCCUUCCUCGCCGAGGUCGGCGUUGGAUGGACCCACAUUACAGAUAUUGUCAUACUCUCUCUUCUUCCCACAUAUGAUCAGCGAGAGGCUCUGCUACGAGCAUUGAAUACUUCUAUGCCGACGAUCCAGACCUUGGCUAUUGUUGGUCCGUUGGCAAUGCAUCCGAAGGUCAUCACCGGGUUGAGCAAGUUACCCUCGCUCCGUACUCUAUCACUGUGUCCCAUCGACAUUACGGAGAACAAGAAGCCCGGGAGUCUAUCUGUAGCAGAUCUACAAGAAGAACUCUACGGUCUAACCGAGCUUCCGACGGGCGACACGUCCCGCCCAACAGUCUUCCGUAGUUUGGAAAAAUUGAUCAUCUCGUCUGACCUCUCGAUGUGCAUUGCCGUGUUUUCGGCAGUGCGGUCUUGCAAUCGACUGGUAAAUCUAAACCUUUCUACAGACAUUGCCAAUAUGCACGAUCUGGCAGUUCUCAUCGACGCCAUUAGUCCCCUCCACCCCGACUCUUUCCGGUUGGAGCAUCUCAAGCUCAGUCUCACUGAAUCUGAUGGAUCUUUUGACAAUAUUCCGUUUUGGAGGGCAUUGAAUGGUCUCGAACGACUGGACCUGAGAAGUUUCACGUUGGACUGCAAGUGCGAGAGCGAUGACCGGUUAGAAGUAACCAACGACAGGGUCGAUCGCAUGAUAUCCAGUUUCUCCCGCUUGCAAGUCUUGGAUAUUCACACGUACAUGUCCGACAAGAAUGACAAGAAAACGCUCCAGAAAAUAUGCAGACGAUUUUGA